GGCGACGCACUCCCGGUGUUCGGUUAACUCGAGCCAAAAUGAAGGUUCUCGUGUUCACAGUUGUAGUAAUGAUUCUUGUAGCGGCUUCUGAAGGACGUCGUUGGCCAGGAAUGCCAGGUCCCGGGCCUUGCAAGGCUGCGUUUCCGCGCUACAAAUGCGUAGAGGGUCGCUGCCUGGAGUAUAUUUACGGAGGCUGCGGACGUGACGGUGGGGGCUACCGUUCCAUGGCCGAAUGUAAACGACGCUGCAAAGGGCUCAGAUUCCCUAUUCCUAGACCACCAACUGAGAGGAGACGUGAGAGGACACUUGUGGUAAAUUAGGUAAGAUGAUCUUCAAGAUAUAGCGCUGACAUCAUCCAUAUUAUUUAUAGCAAGGUCGCCUACUCGAAGCUGACAUAAUAAAAUAAAAUUCUUAGAGUUCUGAAAUUCCCAAUAUCAAAUUCUCAAAUAAAAUUAAAAGGUAUUUAAGAAUAGAAGUUGAAACGUUGUUCGAAAUGGGCGGUGUUAAUAUAUAGUUUCGUGCUUGCGUAUUGUAAUUAAGAGAAGAUUGGUCGUAGCAGAUGAACGUUUCUCACAUUAAUCUGACGCUCAGCUGUCACCUCGAUCCCAUUGGCUAUAGUAAGCGAUCUUAUGACGUAACAAACUCCAAUGCCGUUCUUAUAGAACGUCGCGGUAUGAUUCGUGGUACAUUGACAAUUCUACUCUAAUUUAUCAACACACAAACGUAUUCUACAUAAGGUGACUCUGUCAGAUAUGAACAAAUGGAUUGCGUAUGUUUUACUCUAGCUAAUCGUCUAGACAGGCGCAUGAAUGUUAUUCUGCCAACGCCAUCCAAAAUAUUCUCAUAGACGUCUCAUUUUGAGAUUAUGAACAAAAGGUUUUGGGGUAGCAAGGUAUGUUAUAUAAUUGGGACCGGCAUGAAUUAUCCUAUUUUUUAUACUUGUUCGAAAAACAAAGGGAGCUGCCACUAUCCUUUAACGAUUGAACACCUUCGCAAACUGAUUUUGAAUAACAUCGAAAGAGAUUCAAUAUCGCGUCGAACUUUAAAUUAACUAAGAUGUUGAACUGCCAUACUAAAUGAGGUCAUUCUUUAUAAUUCCAUGCGGUCAUAAAUUCCAUAAAAUAAAUCUGACGCUAAAUUGUUACUACUGUGCUCAAUUCACAGGCUCCAAAUGGUAAACAGGAUAUGAACGAGUGUAACGGUCUGUGGGUCUGCUCAGUUUUGUUAAAGGACCCAGAAACAGUUUAACAACCUGCAUUCAUGGUUUCAUUAACUACUCACAUUAUUUCUUUGCAGAUACCAAGACGCUGAAUAAAUAUCGCGCCAUUCACUCCAAAACAAGGCGGCGAUCUGUGACGACGACGGUGAUUAAUGCAUACAAAUAAACUAUAAUUGAAUAGUAUAUUGAUUGAUCUCUAGCAACUUGCCCAUGAGAUUAAAGUUCGUUUGAUCUGAUCAUGCAACGACCUCUGAGGACCUGCACGGUUGCCACCUGUACCCCAAUCCUUCGCACUGGAAAUAGUACUUAGAAAUACACUAUUUGCCAAAACCUAUUUUAGAAAUAAAAUUUAUUUCAGAAUUUGAAAAAAUA